AUGGGUCUCUCAACUCUUCCAUCUCCAUCUGAAGGAGUCCUAUGUCUACUCCUUGUAAACACGGCACUGUCGAUCUCUAUUGUCAAAGGAAUCCUCCGUUCAAUCCUUCACAUAGUUGGUAUCCAUCUCCCUCCGUCAUCCCCUCCAUACUCCGAGUUCACGGAAGAACCUACGAUGCACCCUUUUGAGUUCACCACAACUACCUCAGAGGGCUACAUCGAGGAGUUCCGCAGCAGGAGUCCACCAACUCGGUUUGACAAGGUAUGCCGGACUGAGCAUGACUGCUCAGUCUGCUUGACACGGUUCAACCCAGAAUCAGAGAUCAACCGUUUGUCCUGUGGGCAUAUUUUCCACAUGGUGUGCCUUGAGAAAUGGUUGGACUACUGGAACAUCACUUGCCCUCUCUGCAGGACCCCAUUGAUGCCCGAAAAAGAUGUUGCACCGUGCUUUUCUUGA